AAGUUAGUUUUUGUUUGAAUAAAGUUAGUUUCCGUCGAUUGUUUCAUCAGCUUUUAUCACCAACAGAUCGCGCUAGUACUUUAUUAAAAAAGAUGUUUUUUUUAUCAAAGAAAAUGUCUGAAUAUUAGUUUUUAAAAAUAUGUCCGUUUUGAGUCUAAAUAACACAAGUUAAGUAAAACUUAUGUCUUUUUAAACUUAAUGAGGUUAUACAACUUUUAUUUGUCAGCUUUGAAAUUGUAAUCCCUUAAGAAAUAUAUGUAUACUCCACUCCACCGAUUUAGGGUUAGAUUUCCCAAAACCAAAUCAGACCAACAACAACCUUUACUUAUUUUUGUGUAUAUACUUAAUUCUUUUUAUUAUUGUUUCAGAUUUCUCGCGACAAUGUUUGGUACAGACUUCGAAGAAUAUUGUGACUUCAACGACAGUAUCUGCAGCAAUGAUUCGGGCAUCGAUAGAUCCUACGGAGAUGCUCUAGCGACACCGACUUCUAUAAACAACACUCCAUUGAAACAUGAUACAUCUGACCUUGGAAUUUCUCUUACACCGAAUAAACAAGCUAUUAAUGUGCGAAGAAAACUGUUCGAUGAUGAUUACGAAUUUCAGUUGCAUGAACCAUUAGAUAUUAAAUCGUUUGAAGAUAAUGUUAAUACAAUGGAUAAUACAUCGACACCAAUAAAAGCUAAGAAACCUAAAGACACGACCAAGCCAAAAAGGAAAUAUGCAAAUGGAAAAAACAGAGUAACCAGAUGUAAGAGCCCUACCCAGAUCAUGAGGAUAAAGCGGAACAGAAGGAUGAAAGCCAAUGAUAGAGAAAGAAAUAGAAUGCACAUGUUGAACGAGGCAUUAGACAGACUAAGAUGUGUACUGCCAACAUUCCCAGAAGAUACAAAACUAACAAAAAUUGAGACUCUAAGAUUUGCUCAUAACUAUAUUUUUGCUUUAAGCCAAACAUUAGAAUCGCUAGACAACCUUAAUUCUGGUAAUAUACCAUCGGAAGGUUACGCUUUAAAUUACGAAAAACUACAACAAUAUUCUAUAGCAGGAGAAAAGAUAGCAAAAGAUGCAUUUAGAGAUAUGUUUUUGGUACCAAAUAAAUGUGACGAAUAUAACAAUGAUGGUAGUUACAGGAACUUCCAAGGUUUUAGUAAGCCAUUUCCUAAUGGCUCCAACUUUAUGCAGACAUCUGAGGGUGUUCUGAUAAACGUAGGCAAUGUUACUGUAUCAGUAAAUAAUAAAGGAGGCAACUGUAUUACGUCAACUACAGGCAGUGGUUUCUUUACACACCCUUCAAGUUUUGGAGAUGACAUCAAUCAUCAAAAUUUUUAUCAAGAAAGGAGUUUUGGAACUUGUAAUAACUUUAAUGACUCAUACGAGUCCAACGUGCCUGUCAAUAAUGAAGGCUAUUUCAACCAAACAAAUUACGAACUUUUCAAGAAUGCUUUUGAAACUGCUAAGAACAGAAAAUAUCCAAAGGCAAACGAGCUUACGUCAAACUAUAAUAAUUUUAAUAAUAACGCUUAUUUGCAGACUGAUAAACAAUAUUAUGGGACAGAUGUGAAUUACUCACAGAGUAGUUAUUAUUAUAACCAAAGAUAUAAAGAUUUUUAUAAUAGACCUUCUAGUAUUUUAAAUGCUCAAAUAUGAGUAAAAUUUAUAUAAUAUGGAUGGUAACAAAUUUUUAUUUUGUUUGUUCGUCAGAUAAAUUACUGAAGAAUUCAUAUUCUUAUUUUUUGCGUAAUUAAUAAAUUACAUAAUAUCGAGUUGAAAUGUGGCAUGGAUCACGUCUUUGUGCAUUUUCUACAUAGUUGUAACAUAACAAGCCUCAACUUCUCAACAUUAAUGCCUAUUAUCUAAGCCAUUUAUUAAAUUAUGGCUUAGAUAAUAGGCAUUUAUUAAAUUGAAGCAGAUAAAAAUAAAUACAUUUCGAGUACAUUUCUGUUAUCUGACUGACGAACUGAAUAGAAUUUAUUUUUUACUCAUCAUGCCUAUUAUAAUAAUACAUUUUGUACAUUCAAAGCUAGUCAUGUCAUGUAAGAUAUUUUACAUUUACUGUAUUUAAAAAAACAUAGGGAUAUUAUAAUGAAUUUUAUAAGACAAUAAGACCUAGUAUUAUUUUAAGUUGUACGUACCAAAGUUUAUACACUAGUCAUUUUUGUACUGAUCAAAUAAAAUAUGUUUUAUAUUUUUCUCUUUUUAUUUGACCUUCAUAGAUAAAAAGCAUAUUGUAUUUAGAGAAAUUUGUUUCGCUAGAAUUUUCUGAUUUUUCAAUUACUCACAAUAAUUCCGUUGAAUUCGUUUAAAUAUGAACUAGAUUCGCACUUGAUUU